AUGUACUACAAAAAACCCACAUCCUCGUCAAUUUUCGACGCUUUCUCCUUAAACCCUAUGCCUUACCCAGUGCUCCUACUGCUGGCCGUCAUCUCCAUCCUCCUCGGCCUUCAGUGGUACGUCUCCUACGAGUCCGCCGUGGAGGCGGCGGAGGAGGGCAUGGGCUGGCUGCUCAUGGUGGCGCCGCUCGUCCUUCUGAUCGCCGUCAGGUGGCUCUCCGCCUCCGACCCCCCCUGCUGGUGGCUCUACGCGCCCUGGGACAGGCGCCGGAGGGAAUAUUACCUAGGAGCGGUCGCCGGAGACGGCGGAGGAUCGCCCUGGGUGGUGGCGGCGCUGAUUGUGCUGCUACUCGUGUUUGUACAGUUCCAGUCGGCUUUUCUCGAGGGCUGGUUUAUAUGA